GGUGAUGGUAUGGGUAGGUCCAGCUCUCGGCCCAGUUAUCGCAGGUUUCCUCGAGGUGGACAAAGACUGGCGUUGGAUUUUCUAUGUCAUUCUUUGGCUUGGGGGAGGAUCGGCGAUUUUGAUGCUGACGAUUCCCGAAACAUAUGCCCCCACGAUUCUCUACAUCAAGGCAAAACGAAUUCGCAAGGCACGUAUCCCUGGAUAUGAGAAUAUCAAGGCCGCGGUUGAAGAAGGCGAUAGGACGCUCGUUGGCAUCUAUAAAGUAGCUCUUACUCGACCGUGGAUUAUCCUUUUCGAUCCCAUCUCCUUUUUAUGUGCCAUUUACAUGGCCGUCGUCUAUACUUUGCUCUACAUGCUUUUCAGUAUUUAUCCGAUUGUAUUCCAAGAGAGACGUGGGUGGAACGCUGGAGUGGGCGAAUUGCCGUUACUUGGCACCGUUGUAGGUGCAUGGUUUGGUGGCCUGGUUGUUAUGGUCGACACUAGGAUUCGCCAAAAGAAAAUCGAGAGAGGCGAAAUAAAGAUGGAAGACGCAACUCCCGAAGAUCGGUUGCCACUAGCAAUGAUCGGUGGCAUUACCUUUGCCGCAUCCAUGUUCUGGUUUGCAUGGUCAGCUGAAUAUAUCCAUGUUCAUUGGACAGUUCCUACAAUCGCCGGUGGUGUACUUUCAGCCUCUAUGUUACUCAUUUUCGUCUCGUACCUGAACUACCUCGUGGAUGUCUACAUGAUGUAUGCAGCCUCUGCUAUUGCAGCAAACACCAUUGCCCGCUCUGCCUGUGGCGCAGCAGCACCACUUUUCACUAAUCAAAUGUUUACCGCGCUGGGCGUCGGAGGGGGUGGAAGUUUGAUCGGCGGUGUGGCUGCUGCUUUGGCUGUUAGCCCUUUUCUCUUUUACAAGUACGGAAAGCAGAUCAGGAUACGGAGCAAAUUCGCACCUACGCAGGAGAAGCGUGAGCAGCAGAUAGUCGACGAGGAGGAUGGUCCUCAAGGGAAAGAUUGAAUGGUCUAAAAGCUGCCAAUACAAUGAAUAUUUAAGUAAUAAAAACUAGUAUUUAUCAUAAUACUCCAGAUAUCCCACUGCCAGGUCGAUUCCAUGAUACGAGUAAGUAGCGUUCAUCGAGACGACUUCAAUAUCAACACCAUAAUGUUGAUUGGCUCGGUGCCACAUGCCCAUGCAUUCUUUACGGAAGAGAUCUAUUAUGUAUUACUAGCUCUAGACAAUAAUAAUAUAUGUAACAACGUGGAACAUCCGUUUAAGGAAGCCUCAGGACUAGUGCAAGAUCUAUGUUUAAGAACUGCAUCGGAC